AUGCUGCCCGCCGCGCUGCUCCGUCGCCCCAGUCUGAGUCACCUCGUGCGUCUGACCCGCGCCUACGCGGAGGCCGCUGCUGCCUCGGCCCCUGCCGCGGCACCUGGGCAGAUGUCCUUCACCUUCGCCUCGCCCACGCAGGUGUAUUUCAAUGGUGCCCACGUCCGCCAGGUGGAUGUGCCCACACAGACAGGAUCCUUCGGCAUCCUCGCAUCCCAUGUGCCCACGCUGCAGGUUCUGCGACCAGGACUGGUCGUCAUUCACGCUGAGGACAACACUACCACCAAGUACUUUGUGAGCAGUGGUUCCAUCACAGUGAAUGCUGACUCUUCUGUGCAGUUACUGGCUGAGGAGGCUGUGACACUGGACAUGUUGGACCUGGGGGCAGCCAAGGCCAACCUGGAGAAGGCGCAGUCAGAGUUGUCCGGGGCGACAGACGAGGCCCAGCGGGCAGAGAUCCAGAUCCGCAUCGAGGCCAGUGAGGCCUUAGUGAAGGCCCUUGAAUAG